GGUGUUGCUUGGAUGAGGCCUUGACUCGUUCUGCCUGUUCCCGGGGACACUGGUCAUUCCUCCCUUUGCCCUGCUCAGGGGCGUGGCCGCCUGCAGCGGGCCCCCAGGGCCUGGGGACACUGGUCAAUUUUCCCUUUGCCCUACGAGGAUGUCUGGGCGAAUCCAAAUCAAGGAGGACCUGCGCGAGACCAGUCGAGGACGUGAGGAUGUCGAGAACGAACGGAUUCCCAGGAACCAGAGCGAAGAUGACGACACAGAACGAGCAGCCACGGAGAUGCACCAAGGAUACCGCACCCGAGAUCGAGGACGAGCAAAGACCACCUUAUCCUGUGCGCCACAACCACAGAGUCCAGCACUGAAACUGACCUGGAACUCGAACUGCAACUGGACUCGAACCGCACUGCUUGAAGGGCCGGGAAUUUCGUUUUCAGCUCGGCCCGCGAACCUGAGUUUUGGUUCUCACAAGAUUUGCAACCAAAAUAAAAUUUCUUAUGGUCACUAAGAUAUUCUUAUUAUUAUAGUUAAAAUAUUUUAAGAGUGUUCAUAAAAUGAAUAAAAGUUCUCUGAAAUAAAAUAUUAGAAAUAAAAAAGAACCAUCGUGCAUACGUGUAUAUUAUAGUAGAAUAAAUUCAUAAAAUGUCUAAUACAAAAAUGUAAU